AUCUCGUGUCAGCAUCCGCAAUCGUCCAUGUUCAUGUCCUUCAGGAUCAGUUCUGACGGCUGCUGCUCGGCCCACGGAUGCGCAACCUUCGAUGAAAACUUGGUAUCGAGGAAUCGCACGUCAGUCUCACCAGUUUAACUUUUUAUUUCGAGGUGUUUCCGAAGGCAUCGGUCAAAGAAUUGAACCGGUUCUACAAACAUCCAACCUAGUAGACCAUCACUCAAUCCCAUUUGCGCAGUGGUUGAGGGCGGUUUCACUGCUUUCGGUGUUGGCGGCACAAAUCAUACAGAGCGAAGCCUUUGAUUAUGUACCAGUCCAGCGGGUAAUUGGCGCUGAUGUGCCUACACCUGUCGCUAAGCGGGCACUCUAUACGACUAACUUGGCCUUCUUACUUAUGCUCACACACUCAUAGACAUCAGCAUUUUAUGGCUGCAUUGAUAUAUUCCUCGAGAUGUCUG